AAAACACGCACUGGACCAGUCGACACUGCCAAUCGCCUCUGAAGUGAGGAAGCGUUGCAGCGGAACGACCCGAUGGAGCCGAUUAUCUUCACACCACGGCUAAAAUUAACUCUCAUCACGAAAGCAGAAAGAGGGAGUCCAGAGCUCGAGUGGCUUCAUGAGCUGCGCAGCAAUGAAAAGGCUGUAUGGUGGAGUAUCCAUGGCCAGGCAAAGUCCAUCGAGGACACAGAGGAGGUCAUAAAAGGAUUUCUGCCAACCAAUGAAGGAACAGAAAACACAUACAGAGUCGCCUAUGCUGUGCACAGGGUCCUUGAGCCGACAGGCGGUUUUGUCGAAGGCGAACCGCAACCUGCAGAUCAAGGCAAAAAAGCAACAGAAUUCGUCGGCCUUGUGUCUCUGAAAUCGUUGGAUGCUGGCAGCCUUGCGUUGCCGGAGGAUCUCGAGUUACCGGUUGCGGCUGCGACUACGACACUGACCGUUGAACUCGGAUAUUUGUUCUUACCCACCGCAUGGGGUAAAGGAUACGCGACCGAGUCGAUCGAGGCAGUGUUUGAGUCCUGCAAGAGGGCGCCAUCUUUUUGGACACCUUUCUCGAAGCUUUACGUCAGAGCAAUUGUGAAUGAAGGUAACCCGGCGAGCCUGCGAGUGAUGGACAAGACUGGAAUGACAAAAAGAGGUGUGUAUGAGUGGACUGGGAAAGCUAUUUUCCUUGCUGGAGAAUGGCAAGAGCGGAGUAGUCUUCAUAUUUUUGGCAUGCAUCUAUUAGAGUGAUGGUGGGACUGGACAACUUGAGAUCCUAGAGAGAGAUGCCUGCCAAGACACGCUUUUGUAUAUAUAUACAUAUAUAAGAAAUGGA